ACUCCUCCUCUGUCCCCGCCCGCCGGCAAGAGGCGGGUCGCGGCUGGUUGUAGCUGAGCCUCCGCCCCGUCAGCCGUGGCCCGCGCUGCUUGGGGUGGAGCGCUGGGACCCGGCAGAGCCACGGAAGGUCGCCCCAGGGAAGAGGCGGGCGUGAGGCGCGGUGCCGGGCACAGUGACGAAGAGCUGCCCUUCGCUGCCAGGCAGGGACUAGGACACCGCGAAGCCGUCACCCGGCUACCCACCACCAGCAGGCGGCGGAGAUGUCAGCCGCCGGCGCCCGGGGCCUGCGGGCCUUGCACCACCGGCUCCUCGAUAGAGUGGAGCUGAUGCUGCCGGAGAAACUGAGGCCGCUGUACAACCACCCGGCAGGCCCCAGAACAGUGUUUUUCUGGGCUCCAAUUAUGAAAUGGGGCUUGGUGUGUGCUGGGUUGGCGGACAUGGCCAGGCCUGCAGAGAAGCUCAGCACUGCUCAGUCCACCGUUCUGAUGGCUACAGGAUUUAUUUGGUCAAGAUACUCACUUGUAAUUAUACCAAAAAAUUGGAGUCUGUUUGCUGUUAAUUUUUUUGUGGGAGCUGCAGGAGCCUCUCAGCUCUUUCGUAUUUGGAGAUACAACCAAGAACUGAAAGCUAAAGCAGUCAACUGAGAGUUCCUGAUGACCUGAACAGUCUAACCAUGGACAGAACUGCCGGGACCUAGCUCGCUACUUGGUUACUGACAAGGCAACCCUAACUGGGCGAACAUUUCCAAGGCGCACACACACAAAGCCAGCUGUGCUUGGUUCCACAAAAAAAUAAAGCAAACUUUUAUUAAGA